GCGAUCCGCCGGGAGAGCGACCGGGGCCGCCUGAUGGGCCUGGCCGGGCCAGCGGCCCUUAGGCAGGCCGGGCCGGGCCGAGGUGCCUCGCGUCCCUGGCGUCCCAGGGUCGGUCCUUCGGCCCCGACCUCCCUUCUCAGAUGGUCGCAGAAUCAAGUUAAACUCGGACCGGGACUCCUGCGGCGGCCGCCGCUCCUCUUUGUUGUUGUGGAGUAGUUUCUCCGUCGUCCGCCCGGGCCGAGCGCGUUGGGUUAUCCUGAGUACCACAUGUCUAACAGUUUUCCUUGCAACAUUAGCCAGUAUUUUUCCCUGCCUUCGAAAGAUCAAAAUUGCUCUGGAAGUUGGAGACAUAUUUGAUUUAAAAGAAAUAUCUUUAACAAAUGGACAAUAUGUCUAUUACGAAUACACCAACAAGUAAUGAUGCCUGUCUGAGCAUUGUACAUAGUUUGAUGUGCCAUAGACAAGGUGGAGAGAGUGAAACAUUUGCAAAAAGAGCAAUUGAAAGUUUGGUAAAGAAACUGAAGGAGAAAAAAGAUGAAUUGGAUUCUUUAAUAACAGCUAUAACUACAAAUGGAGCUCAUCCUAGCAAAUGUGUUACCAUACAGAGAACAUUGGAUGGAAGGCUUCAGGUGGCUGGUCGGAAAGGAUUUCCUCAUGUGAUCUAUGCCCGUCUAUGGAGGUGGCCUGAUCUUCACAAAAAUGAACUAAAACAUGUUAAAUAUUGUCAGUAUGCAUUUGAUUUAAAAUGUGAUAGUGUCUGUGUGAAUCCAUAUCACUAUGAACGAGUUGUAUCACCUGGAAUUGAUCUCUCAGGAUUAACACUGCAGAGUAAUGCUCCACCAAGUAUGUUGGUGAAGGAUGAAUAUGUUCAUGACUUUGAGGGACAGCCAUCGUUAUCCACUGAAGGGCAUUCUAUUCAAACCAUCCAGCAUCCACCAAGCAAUCGUGCAUCGUCGGAGACAUACAGCACCCCAGCUCUGUUAGCUCCAUCUGAGUCUAAUGCCACCAGCACCACCAACUUUCCCAACAUUCCUGUGGCUUCCACAAGUCAGCCUGCCACUAUAUUGGCGGGCAGCCAUAGUGAAGGAUUGUUGCAGAUAGCUUCAGGGCCUCAGCCAGGACAGCAGCAGAAUGGAUUUACUGGUCAGCCAGCUACUUACCAUCAUAACAGCACUACCACCUGGACUGGAAGUAGGACUGCACCAUACACACCUAAUUUGCCUCACCACCAAAACGGCCAUCUUCAGCACCACCCGCCUAUGCCGCCCCAUCCCGGACAUUACUGGACAGUUCACAAUGAGCUUGCAUUCCAGCCUCCCAUUUCUAAUCAUCCUGCUCCUGAGUAUUGGUGUUCCAUCGCUUACUUUGAAAUGGAUGUCCAAGUAGGAGAGACAUUUAAGGUUCCUUCAAGCUGCCCUAUUGUUACUGUUGAUGGAUACGUGGACCCUUCUGGAGGAGAUCGCUUUUGCUUGGGUCAACUGUCCAAUGUCCACAGGACAGAAGCCAUUGAGAGAGCAAGGUUGCACAUAGGCAAAGGUGUGCAGUUGGAAUGUAAAGGUGAAGGUGAUGUCUGGGUCAGGUGCCUUAGCGACCAUGCAGUCUUUGUACAGAGUUACUACUUAGACAGAGAAGCUGGGCGUGCACCUGGAGAUGCUGUUCAUAAGAUCUACCCAAGUGCUUAUAUAAAGGUCUUUGAUUUGCGUCAGUGUCAUCGUCAGAUGCAGCAGCAGGCUGCCACUGCGCAAGCUGCAGCAGCGGCCCAGGCAGCAGCCGUGGCAGGAAACAUCCCUGGCCCGGGGUCAGUAGGUGGAAUAGCUCCAGCUAUCAGUUUGUCAGCUGCUGCUGGAAUCGGUGUCGAUGACCUUCGUCGCCUGUGCAUACUCAGGAUGAGUUUUGUGAAAGGCUGGGGACCGGAUUACCCAAGACAGAGCAUCAAAGAAACGCCGUGCUGGAUUGAGAUUCACUUACACCGGGCCCUCCAGCUCUUGGAUGAAGUGCUUCACACCAUGCCUAUUGCCGACCCACAGCCGUUAGACUGAGGUCUUUCACUGCUGGGGCCCUUGACAUUCAUGAUCAGGAUGGUGGACUAUGAAAUACAAUCCUGUUUAUAAUCUGAAGAUAUAUUUCACUUUUGUUCUGCUUUAUCUUUUUCAUAAAGGGUUGAAAAAUAGGUUUGCUGCCUUGCUCCUAGCAGACAGAAACUGGAUUAAAACAUUUUUUUUUUCCUAUUUAGGACUUUUUAGGCAUGGCUCAGAGCUUGAAGAUCAGGAAAAACACAUUCUUAUUAAAUCGUCACCAGUUAUGUAUGAAGGAAUCAUUCCAAUGCUGGAAAACAUAGCCCUUUAAACCGUCUUAGACCCUUUUCUAUGCAGAACAUCAGUAUGUGUGUUAUUCUACAGAAUAAAUUAAAUAUUGCUGAUUUUAAAGGCAGAGAAGUUCUCGAAGUUAAUUCACCUUUGUUAUUUUGUGUGCAAGUUGUUACUGUUGAACACACUUUACUCCAAAGUAUUGUGCCAUGUGGGUGAGUUAAUUUUACCAAGAGCAACUUUACUCUGUGUUUAAAAAAUAAGAUAGUAAUGUAUUAUAACCUUUUAUCCAAAAUAUUUUUUUUGCAAGUUAAACUAGUGAAGAUGAUUUCAAUUCCGAUUGUCUUGUGACUUCAAUUUUAUUUCUGCCAAGGCAAAACACUAAUCUCUGUGUGUAUACUGCGAAUUCCUUAAAAUUACCAGACAAAUACCAUUUAAAAUUACAUUUGUUAUCCCUGUUGGAUAACUGUUUAUCAAGUAGUAUACUUUUGCCCUGUUAAACAGUAGAUGUAUUCUUCUAUAUUUCUAGGCACGAGGUUGGUUACUAAGAAGCCUAGAAGAAGAAUUUCUUUCCUUCAUUAAUUCAUAGGGAAAGGUUUUGUAUUUUUAAAAAACACUAAAAGCAGUGUCACUCCACCUAAUAUCUCACCGUUCUACAAAGGUGGCAAUGCUUAAACUAAAUGAUGAGUAUUUUGGAAACUGCUAAAUUCUAUGUUAAAUAUUGUGCAGAAUAAUGGAAACAUUACAGUUCAUAAUAGGUAGUUUGGAUAUUUUUGUACUUGAUUUGAUGUGUGACUUUCUUUUCAUAUACUGUUUAAAUCAUGUAUGUUAUGACAUUGUUUAAAAUUCAGUUUUUGUAUCUUGGGGCAAGACUGCAAACUUUUUAUACCUUUUGGUUAUUCUAAGCCCUUUGCCAUCAAUGAUCAUAUCAGUUGGCAGUGACUUUGUAUAGAGAAUUUAAGUAGAAAAAUUGCAAAUGUAUUGACUGUACCACAGACACAAUAUGUAUGCUUUUUACUUAGCUAGUAGCAUAAAUAAAACCGAAUCUCAACAUACAAAGUUGAAUUCUAGGUUUGAUUUUUAAGGUGUUUUUUUUUUUCUUUUGCACUUUUGAGUCCAACCUCAGUGGUGAGACACCUUCUACUAAAUGACAGGCAACAGCCAGUAUUGCAGCUUUGGUUUUUUCCCUCCCACUCUACUGGGACUUCCCCACGGACAUUACGUAUCAAGUGUAGUUAUUUUUUGAACUUUUAUUUUACUGUAGCAAAAAUAAGUAGGUUGUCUACAGGAUAAAUAGUGUGAAAUAAAAUUAUCUUCCAGAUGCUUUUACUUUGCUUGGAGGGCAGUUUGAGAUACGAGAAGCACUUAUGCAUGGCAGUCGUCCUUAUACCCACUUAGAUGAACAAACCUUUAGCCUCCUCGUUCAGAAGGCUGUCUUAUGACCAUGCUAGAAACCACUGAGUUUGCUUAUUGCUGUGAUUGAAACAUAGCUCUUGAUCCGGCUUCAUGUCUUUUGUUUUUAAAAUAACUUCUCUACCAGCUCAUUCAUACUCUUGAGUACUUACAAAUACUUCGUUAAAAACCUCAUUUUAAUCUGUAGAAGUUUGGUGAUUUAAGUUUUAUUGGCAGAUUUUUGAAAAGCUACCUUUAUUCUUUAGAAAUUAUUGACUUUAGGUCCAUUUUACUGUGAAUGAAUAGGAAUGAGAGGAGAGAGUUUUAGAAUGACUGAUUUUUAGAAUCCAGUUUAUUUGUUAGAACCAUAAGCAUGCUAUGAUAUAAUCUAUUGCCUCCUUUUCUACUUUAAGGAGGGUUUUCAUGUUGAAUCAUCUGGGGAAAGUAUGUGGAAAAUAUUUGCUAAGAAGUCUGUCUUUGAGGCCACCUGUCUUGGUUUCUUUCUGCUAAGAGCCAUAAAAUUACUAAAAAGUACAUACAAGUACUUCUAGUUAUUAAUUCUUUUGUAUUUGUACCUAGAUGCAGUCACAUGCUUUUCAGAAAACACCUAGUGUGUUAAGAUCAGAUAUUUCUGAGAGCUUAGUUGUUAAAUGAUAUUCCAUUUUUUAAAGGUAGUCAUCUUUGAUGAAUAAGAGUAAAGAAUCACUGGGUUUAAAAUUUGUGGCUACUUUAAGGGUAGAAGACUUUCUGCAGUUCUCGGAAUCUGAUUAUUAAUGAGGAUAUGAUUCUGGGUGGGUUUUCUCUCGCUAGUUUGUAUCUCAGAGAUGCUCAGAAGGUUGAAUUUCAGUGAGAGAUGAACCAAGUGUGAACCUUUAUAACCCAGCAUGAGGCCCAUUCCGCUUUUGUCCAGUGCCUUUCUGUGCAUUAUCAAAGGCAACCCGUAAUGGUGUUGCCUUCAUUUUCCAGGGAGUAGAUUCUUCCGUGGGAUAUAGUCUAUCUCAUUUUUAAACUGUACUACACCUGGUAUACAAAGAUAAUGAUAAUAAAUCAUUGCCAUAUAACCUUGUUUUUCAAGAAGUAUGGCUCAUUUGAAUUGGCCUAACCACUAAAUAGGUCGCCUAUCCCAUUCCUCCUGUAACCAGGGUAGGUUUACAGAUUCGGUGGUCUGGCUGAAGGAUAGCCAAACAUUCAAGCAAACUGAACACAUAUUAGUUGUGUUGUGUUUCAAACUUAAAAAUCCAUUUUUGUGGGGAAGGGUGUGGUGUAAAGGGCAGUAUUUGUAAUAAAAAAUUUGAAGGCAAAAUACAAUGCCCUGUCUUCCAGAUAAUAAAUAUUUUAAAAGUUUAUUGCAAUUACCUUUUUGAUUGUGUCCACCUGGAGAAGGGAAAUUUUACACUUUCCCUAUGUGUUUGUUCCUUUACUAUCUGUGAAGGAUAAAGAGUAAGAAUAUAAGGUGAAAUAUUUUUAUUCCUGGUUCGGUGGUACCUGGUUAAUUUAAAGUUACUCAUUAGCUAUUAUGCAAAAUCAGAUUAGCUCACAUCGUUUCUGAGAGCCUUUUGGAAGAAGCAAUUUUUUUCUGAGCUGGGUAGAAUCCUUUUUGUUGGUAGUUUUUAUAGUUUUCCCCCUUUAUCAUUAAGUCAUUUUACUGGCAUUUUAUUUAAUGAUAGCAAAUUGAGAAAAUGGUAAAUUUUAGGUCAUUGAGGUAAAUGAGUAUAUGAAAGCAAAUACCUGUAAAGUCAGUUAACAACUCUUCUGUAGAUGGAGCUUGGCUAAGACUAGCAGAUAAUAGAAUAAAGAAAGUCUUUUCUUUCCAAAGGCAGAACCCACCUUAUUGCAGAUGGCUGCCUGUAAAUUGCCUAAAAUCCCCCCUUACAAGAUUAUGGAAAAUAGGCUAUGAGAAACUUCUGUUCAAGCCUUCCCAUUUUUUCCUGACUGCUAGAUAUGGAAGAUGUAAAAAGCUAGUGGCCUUAUUCAUGGCAGCAUCCUCAGGCUCAGCCUUGUCCCAGCGUUGCUAGGUUGCUUAUCUAUCUGGUGUCACUGUGGAAUGGAAUUUUCUGCAUAAUCCAGACCUACCUUAUUUAAGCAGUAAAACUUUUGUUGUAGCCAUUUCUUUGAUGGAGUUAUUUAAUGUGUAUGUCAGAGAAUGUACUGGGUAGAAUGUUUCUUUUUGUGCCAAGCUGUCUGUCCACGUUAGGGGUGGCUUAGACACGCAGUUUCACCUUUACUAAAGGGUUGCCGACUGCUAUGGUUUUAAAUGUUUCGGGUUUUUACACACCCGCCCCAGCCUUCUCCCUUCUGACGGUGGCCACUUUCUGUGUGUUGGUAGUGUAUCUCCCUUUAGUAUCUCCUCCUUCCCUUUCUGAUUCAGUUUUUCUAGCUGCCUGGGCAAGGAAACCAGAUAACCAAACUUACUAGAACUUUCUUUGACACACAAGGGCAAACUGGGGGAGGACCCGAGAAACUCUCCUGUAAAGUACUGAACAGGACUUCCGGGCUUCGGCCUUUGACUGCGGAGUGCUUCCUGAUUCUUUGCUGAGUGUCAGGCAGUUGAGGUAGAGAGAAGCGAGUCAUAUUCAUAUUUUCCUCCUUUGCAAGAUUUUGAAAGGUUUCGUUGCUUCCAUUGAGUGCUGCUCACGUAAAAAUUGGAGUUAUAAGGGGUAGUAAAUUAGUAUCAAUAGCCAGAGGCAAUACCAUUGCUUAGGGGACACCAGCAAGAAGCAAACAAACAAAAACUAAAAACCUUAGAAAACGAGAGGGUCUUUUUUGAUUUUUGUUUCAUUUUGGUGUCUCCUUUUGAGUCCAAUGAUCUGGCCUUCUUCCUCUACAGAUAUUUUUGACCUGUAGGUGCCUUUAUGAGAAUUGAGGGUCUGAUAUCCUUCCCCAAGGAGUAGCUAAAGUAGUUGCUGAUGUUUUCAGGGGUUUUAGCAUCAGACUUGAAUGAAUGAAUUACUCCCCCCCCCUUUCUUUUUUAACUGUAGGAAGGACUGAGGAGAAAAUGGGUGAAGACAAUCAUUUCUCUCUAACGAUGUGGAUAGUUUCCAGUUUAUUGAAGAUGCUUUCUCAGUAGAUGUCAGAGCCCGUGUUCUUGUUCAGCCUGAAACUAGUGGCUCCGGGCUGGAGCCAGUUGUACUCUCUAGUUUGCACUCUGCCACUAGUUUGCUGUAUGACCUUGGGCAAGUCGUGUACUUUCUUUGGGCCUCAGUUGCCUCAUCUGUAAAAUGAAGGAGUUGGACGAGCGUUCUUCCAGCUCUGAAAUGUAAGUGACCUUGCCUAUCUUGCAGCAGUUUUUGAUUUCUUCCUUACCUUUGCUCUGCUGUUUGAGGGGGCUUUUUACUUAUUUCCACGUUAUUCAAAUGAGACUAGGCUUGGUAUUUUAUUACUAUUCUCCUAUGGACAAGAAGUUACAUAAUAUGUCCUUAAGACAUGAAUUUAACCAAAGACCUAGCACCACCUUGGGGGCUGCAAUAAAUACUUAAACAACAACAACAAAAAAACCCUGAAAGGGGGAAAAGCCUUCGUUUUAGUUUUCCAUCAACUCUCUUAAAGGUUUAAUAAGGCUUUUUUUGAGUCAUGACAUUCCCCCUUUUGGGUAGGGAUGUGACACGGUCCCCUUAAGUGCUGUGUGCUGGUGAUUUUUCUUUUUUUUCCCAACUAAAAUGGAUUGAAAACUAAUUGUAAAUGCUUAAUGACAUUAGAGAUCAUUACUUUGGGUCUUUGGUUUCUUAACUCUUCUAUGUUCAAAAUGGAAAUUCCUUUCAACUGCAUCAAUUAAAAUGGUUUCUGUAACUAAAAAAAACAAUACCAGUGGAUGAUUAUUCAUUUUAUUCUUGGCUCUUUUUAGGUCUAUUUUGACUGGAAGACUUUGGGCUGGAGCAUGCCUUUCAGAGUUCUCUUCCAGCCUAUCCUUGGAUGAGUGUAAUUAAUAAACUUGGCUUUUUCAAGGCCAUUGAGAGCCUUCCUUGGGGUUGGGUUGAGGGUGGGGGGCUGGGGAGUCCUGGUAGAGGCCAGCUCUGUGGCGGCUGGAGAGGAAGUGAUGAAACCAGCUGCUGUUGCUCUGGCUGCUUGUCAUUGAUAGAAGGACUCAUGGGCUUGGAUUGGUUAAGAGGCUAAACAUGGAGUCAGCAAACUUCCUCCAGGUACUGGGUUCUGGCCAAUGCCUGGGGCAUGUGAUGUAAGGGAAACGUGUGUAUGCUUGUAGAUGAUGAAACCCUGGGGGGCUGCAGAACCAUUUGGAUGAAGUGACUGGGGGUUAGGACAGAUUUGGUCGUGGUAUUUCCCAACUCUGUCAACUCCGCUGAACUCCGAGGAAUGCAGCUAUGAUAAAAACCGGAGAAGAGCCACACUUAGCUUUGGGAAAACUGGUCAGCUAAAGUUGUGGUAGUUCUUUGUGGCUUUCUGUAUACUUUUGCCUGGUUGAAGUCUGUGGCUAAAAAAAUAGUUAAACCUUUCCUGAGAACUCUGUAACAAAGUAUGUUUUUGAUUAAAAGAGAAAGCCAAUUAAAUAAU